ACAUUCGUCGAUUAAAAAAGUCGAUAUGAGUCAUCAAGCACUCCAGCUAGGGUUAUACUAUACAUUUCUAAAGAUGAACUAGUGUAUAUUGUUUAUUAAGAUAGAUGAUGAUGUGAUCAAAUGAUCAUGUGUACAGUACCUCAAUCCAAUCUGAUCGGCUAGUUGUAUCGUAUUUGAAAGCCAAAGUCAUGGAUUUAAUGGAUCUUUACAUCCUUGUUGGUGUUUCUGUACUCUUGAUUGUUCUUCCCAAGCUUCUCCAAAAUUACAAGUCAAAACUGCCCCAUGCACCCGGUCCACGGGGACUUCCUUUCAUUGGGAACUUGCAUCAGAUUGAUGUCUCCAUCCUGCCACACUAUCUGUGGAAACUCUCGAGGCAAUAUGGUCCGAUCAUGUAUCUGAGGCUUGGUUAUUUACCAGUCCUUGUGAUCUCCAACUCAGAAAUGGCUAAACUGAUUUUGAAAACUCAUGACUUGAAUUUUUGCAGCAGGCCUAGCCUCUUUGGGUUGAGAAAAGUUUCUUACAAUUACCGUGAUGUUGUGUUUUCUCCGUAUAAUGAGUAUUGGAGGGAAAUGAGAAAGAUUGUUACCAUUCAUCUCUUUAGCUCCAAGAGAAUACAAUCUUUUCGUUCAAUUCGUGAAGAAGAAGUGUUUCUGAUGAUUAAAGGGAUUUCUGAGAAAGCUUCAUCGAAUGAAGUCUUGAAUUUGACUCAGAUUUUGGUGCCACUUGCAAACACCAUCGUUUGUAGACUUGCUUUUGGGAAGAAGUUUGAUGAAGCUAGCAUGAAAAGAUUUGAAGUCUUGCUUGCAAGAUUCCAGGCCGUAACAGCAGCUUUUUAUUUUUCAGAUAUUUUUCCUAUGUUUGCAAGGCUUGAUAGAUUAACUGGAUCCUCGGCUGAGCUGGACAGAUUUUUUAUGGACAUGGAUUUGUUCUAUCAAGAACUAAUUGAAGAACAUCUCGUUGCUAGUAGGCCGAGUUCCAUGGAGGGUGAUGUCAUUGACAUCUUACUUCAGCUAAAGAGGGAUGACCAGUUAUCUUCAAUUGAUUUCACCAUUGAUAACAUCAAAGCAAUUAUAAUGAAUAUAUUUUUUGGUGGAACGGAAACAACUGCAAACACAUUAAUAUGGAUCAUGACAAGCCUAAUAAAGAACCCAAGAGUGAUGCGCAAAGCACAAGAAGAGGUGAGGAAGUUGAUGCAUGGAAAAUCGAGAAUAGAUGAAGAGGAUCUUCAAAGUAUAAAGCUUCCUUAUCUAGAGGCAGUUAUCAAGGAAUCAAUGAGGCUGGACCCUGUUGUUCCCCUCAUUCCUCGAGAAUCUUUGGAUAGGUUGGUGAUAAACGGAUAUGAAAUUAAGCCAAAAACUAUAGUGUAUGUGAAUGCUUUGGCCAUUGGUAGGGAUCCCCAAGUUUGGGAAAAUGCAGAUGAGUUCUUGCCUGAGAGAUUCAUGGACAGGGACAUUCAGUUUAAAGGACAUGAUUUCGAAUACAUUCCCUUUGGAUCUGGCCGGAGAAAUUGCUCUGGAAUGUAUAUGGCUGUUGCAAUCCUGGAGCUAGGUCUUUCUAAUCUUCUAUAUUCAUUUGACUGGGAGCUGCCUCCUGGAAUAAGGAAGGAAGACAUAGACACUGAAAUUGGCCAAGGCGUAACAAUGCAUAAGAAAAACGCUCUUUACCUCCAAGCUAAAAACUAUUGCUAGCGGUGCAUUAUCAAGUGUCCAUAUUCUAUCUGUAAGAUUAAAGAACUUGAACCUCCAGAUAUCGCUUUUUCUAUGAAAAUAAAAAUAUCAGAGACCGUGUUCUUGUUGC